AGAACUUCGGGAGGCAGUUGUAAUUUGGAACGCGCGGCGUUCGAAUCACCUGAACGCAACACAAGCUCUUUGGACUCAACUUGUCAUCUCUUCCAUUCUUUCUUGACAUUCAUUUUUUGCGCAUUUUCAUCCGAAACCCAAUUUCCUCUUCAAUCAAGAUGAAGUCCAUCUGCCUAGUGCUACUUCUCGUUGCCGGUUUCAGCCACGCUCAGGAAGCUGCCCAGACCCCUGAGCAAUUGUGCGAGGACAGACCGCCAGAGGAGUACUUUCGACUUUCCACCGAGGGAGAUUGUCGUGAUGUAGUGCGUUGCGAUCGAGCUGGAAUUGCUGGUGCCAUCCGUUUAGCAGCUGUCCGUUGCCCGGCCGGUUUGGGUUUCGAUGUUGAGCGACAGACGUGCGACUGGAAGGCCAAAGUCACCAACUGCGACAAACUUGACCGACCCCGCAAGGCUUUGCCCAAGCUGAAGACUGACGAGCCCAUCUGCCCGGAUGGUAAACUCUCGUGCGGUAACGGAGAAUGUAUCGACAAGGCUCUUUUCUGCGACGACAAACCCGAUUGCAAGGACGGAUCUGAUGAAAACGCUUGCAGUGUCGACUCUGACCCCAACCGUGCCCCCGAGUGCGACCCAACUCAGUGCAGCCUUCCCGACUGCUAUUGCUCAGCCGAUGGUACUCGCAUUCCCGGCGAAUUGGAGGCCAGCAACGUCCCCCAGAUGAUCACGCUCACUUUCAACGGCGCCAUGAACACCGACAACAUUGAUUUGUACGAAGAGAUCUUCAGCGGACUUCGUCUCAACCCCAACGGCUGCCAAGCUAAAGGAACCUUCUUCGUUUCGCACAAGUACACCAACUACUCUGCCGUCCAAGACUUCCACCGCCGCGGACACGAGAUCUCCUCUUUCUCCGUCACCAGCAAGGACAGUUCCAAAUACUGGACCGAUGGCACCUACGACGACUGGUUGGCUGAGAUGGCCGGCAACCGAUUGAUCAUUGAGCGUUUCGCCAACAUCACCGACGGCUCCAUCAUCGGCGUCCGCGCUCCUUACUUGCGCGUCGGCGGCAACAAGCAAUUCGACAUGAUGGCCGACCAGUUCUUCGUCUACGACUCGUCCAUCACCGCCCCUCUUGCCCGCGUUCCCAUCUGGCCGUACACGCUCUACUUCCGCAUGCCUCACAAGUGCAUCGGCAAUGCCCAGAACUGCCCCAGCCGCAGCCACCCCAUCUGGGAGAUGGUCAUCAACGAGCUCGAUCGUCGUGACGACCCCACAUUCGACGAGUCCCUGCCCGGUUGCCACAUGGUCGAUUCUUGCACCAACAUCGCCACUGGUGAACAGUUCGGUCGCAUGCUCCGCCACAAUGUCGACCGCCAUUUGAGCACCAACCGCGCCCCAUUGGGUCUCCACUUCGGAGCUUCUUGGCUCAAGAGCAAGAAAGAGUUCAAGAAUGAACUCAUCAAGUUUAUGGAUGAGAUGAUUGCUCGCAAUGACGUCUACUUCGUCACCAUGUUGCAGGUUAUCCAAUGGAUGCAGAACCCCACCGAAUUGAGCGCUCUGAGGGACUUCCAAGAGUGGAAGGAGAAAUGCGACGUUAAGGGACAGCCUUUCUGCUCCUUGCCCAAUGCUUGCCCAUUGACCACAAGAGAAUUGCCAGGAGAGAUCCUCCGCCUUCACACCUGUAUGGAGUGCCCGAACAACUACCCAUGGAUCCUCGAUCCUACCGGUGAUGGUUUCUCCAACUAAACAACAAUAAAACAGGGCAACCAAAAUUUUUAAACCUGCAAAAACCUUAUCCUUUAAAAGUGGGAAAGGAUCAUAUUUUUUUUAAUUGAAUUUUUUUUAUUGAAUUCUCUGCACGCUCUCUCUCGUGUCCGUUAUUAUUUUGUGAUAGUUUGUUUACCGCAUUCUUUUUAUAUGGAGCACAACCCAAGGCAUUUAAUUUUGAAAAAGUUCUUCAUAUUGAAACACCCUGAAUCUAUUUGGGCUCUCCUGAGAUUGCAUUGAAUUUAUCAACAAAACUCACAAUAGCAGGUACCUUUGAAAGCCUCAAGUAUACAUAAAAAAACAACAAAAAACUUUGACAAUUCACAAAAGUUCUGCGAGUGAAAUCUUCUAACGCUUCAUCUUAUGUGUGAUGUGAGCUGUGUAUAAAAAAAAUAUAAAUCGAACAAAAUA